GCCCUCUUUGCUGCGCGGCUGGCUCUAUCGCUCGGACAUCGAUUUAUCCGUACACUCCUGCCGGACAUUACGCUGACACCAAUACCACCGCACUAGGAUUUACUCAACUUCACCGCCCGCCAUGUCGACAGCUGAGGAGACGCCCCUCAAGCAGGAGGUCCCUGCCGAAGAGGCGCCCAUCGAAGAGACGUCUGCUCAGGAGACACCCGCGCCCGAGCCCCAGGACUCGCUCGAAAACGCCCAGGUCGAUGGCAGCGGCGAGCAGGGCAAUGGCUCUGCUCUGGCAGACGCCAAAUUCAAUGUCGAGGUCAAGCUGGCCGACCUGCAGGCCGACCCCAACAACCCCCUGUUCUCGGUCAAGUCUUUCGAGGACCUGCAACUCUCCGACGAACUGCUCAAGGGCAUCCGCAACAUGAACUUCCGCAAACCGUCCAAAGUCCAGGAGAAGGCUCUGCCGCUGCUGCUGCUGAACCCACCUACCAACAUGAUUGCGCAAUCGCAGUCGGGAACGGGCAAGACUGCUGCCUUCUCGCUCAAUAUCCUUUCUCGCGUCGACCUCUCGAAUCCCGAACCGCAGGCUCUGGCACUCGCGCCUAGCCGAGAGCUCGCUCGUCAGAUUCUGGGCGUCAUCACCCACAUGGGCCAGUUCAUGGAGGGUCUCACGACUAUGGCUGUGAUUCCUGACCCGUCGCGGAGAGGCCGGAAGUUCGAUGCGCAGGUUCUGGUUGGCACGCCUGGAACAGUCCUGGACAUGGUGAAGCGACAGUUGAUCAACCCCAGGGGCAUCAGGAUUCUUGUCCUGGACGAGGCAGACAACAUGCUGGACCAGCAGGGUCUGGGCGAGCAAUGCACCCGUGUCAAGGCACUGCUCCCCAAGAACAUUCAGACGGUUCUCUUCUCGGCUACCUUCCCGCCCAACGUCAUCGCAUAUGCUAAGCGCUUCGCACCCAACGCAAACACGCUGACUCUGGCCCACGAGGAGCUGACCAUUGAAGGCAUCAAGCAGUUGUACAUUGACAUUGAUAAGGACAAUGACAAGUAUGCUACGCUGCUCAAGUUCUACGGUCUGAUGACACAGGCUUCGUCCAUCAUUUUUGUGCGAACACGAAGGACUGCCGAGGAGCUCGAGCAACGCAUGGUAGCCGAGGGUCACAAGGUCGCACAGCUGAGCGGUGCUCUCGAGGGUCCUGAGCGUGACCGUGUCAUUGACCAGUUCCGUUCUGGAGAGGCCAAGGUUCUCAUCACCACCAACGUGCUCGCCCGUGGUAUCGAUGUGCAGUCUGUUACCAUGGUCAUUAACUACGAUGUCCCAACCAUGGCCAAUGGCAUUGACGCUGAUCCCGAGACGUACCUCCACCGAAUUGGUCGCACUGGUCGUUUUGGACGUGUUGGUGUCGCCCUGACCUUUAUCCACGACAAGGCGAGCUGGCAGCAACUGCACGCCAUUGCCUCCUACUUCAAGACUGAGCUGCACCCGAUCGACACAUCCGACUGGGACGCCGUGGAAGACAUGAUUCAGACAAUCAUCAAGUCUUCGCGCGCCGGCAAGACGACAGAAGAGAUGACGGAAAUGAUUACCAAAGGAUCGUAAGAUGUUAUGAGCAUGGAAAGAGCGACAGCAUCGGAGAAAAGAGUGGCAUCAGAGUGCUGGACAUGUAUGUGCCAUGUAGCGAACUGAAAUGUUUCUACGUUUGCGAUGGACGGCUUUUCAGAAUCAAUGCCCUCGUAGGGUUUCGAGAAAAGAUGCAACGAAAGGGAAAUUACGUACGACGGAAACGAAUCAAAGAUACCCAAAAUGAAGCAUGCAAA